AUGGCCAAGGUCGCCACAGACUUCGAAAAGAUCAUCCAAGAGGGGCGCGAGCGAAAGAGGAACGAAGCCCUCGCCGACCGCAUUUUCUCCAAGAACCGUCGCCAGAGCGCACCCUCGAAACUCAAGGCCGCCCCCGGCCCAUCGCUAGCAAGCCGCGUCGGCGUAAAGAAGCAGCGCAACUCGUCUAUCGGCAUCCGGCCAAACCCCGCCCCUCCGGGCAACGUCAACGGCGAAUGGACACAUGACCUACACCACUCCAUCAACGGAGACGAUCGCGGCUCCCUGAGCUCCCGCAUCACCGCCCCCGGCGCCGCUGGCAAGAGGGCCGGUCGCCGCGCCGCGCGCCUGUCCGCUGCCCUCGAUCGCAUGGACACAUCGACCGAUGGGCCGCAGCAAGUCAACAUCAUCAAGCCCAAGGGUGCAGCCGGCGCCGCUAGCAGCAGCCCCAUGGGUUUGACCAUCCGAGGCCUCGCGGGGCCUUUUACAGUCAUGGCACAGAACUUUGCGCCUGGCACUACGGCUGCCGACAUCGAGAGUGCCAUGACUCCUGUGGGUGGCGAGAUGGUGAGCUGCCGGAUCGUCAAGACGAAACCCAUCAUGAUUGUCGAGAUGGCGUUUACCUCGCGCGAAGGCGGCGAACGUGCCGACGGUAGAAUCAUCAAGGUCUACCCCAAGCUCGGUGCCACCCAAGCAACCCCCUCAAACAACGCCCCCAGCAACGCCCCUAGUGGCCCUCGCAGCACCCGCCAGCCCAAGCCCAACAACAACGACAGCAUUGUAGAUGGAUCUAUGGGCUUCCCCGACUUGAUGGAUACGACCAACACCAACGGCAAUUCUUCACGCUCCGACCAGCUCUAUAGCGACAAGCUUGUUGGUGGAAACCGAAGAGGACGAGGAGGCCAAAGGGGCCGUGGCGGAAGGUGA